AUGCCACUUCCUCGUUCAGCUAAAGAAGCAGUAGCGAACGAUAGUGAAUGUAGUAGUUUAUUUUCUACAGAAGAUCCAGAAAAAAUAUUUGUUGAUUUACGAGAAAUUGGUCAUGGAAAUUUUGGAGCUGUUUAUUAUGCUCGUAAUUCUGAAACAAAUGAAAUUGUUGCUAUUAAAAAAAUGUCUACAGGGCGAAAACAAAAUGCUGAAACAUGGCAAGAUAUUUUAAAAGAAAUUCGUUUUUUACGUGAACUUAAUCAUCGUCAUUGUAUAGCUUAUCGUGGAUGUUAUUUAAAAGACUAUACGACAUGGCUUGCUAUGGAAUAUUGUCUUGGUUCAGCAGCUGAUAUUAUUGAAGUUCAUAAAAAACCUUUAGCUGAAGGUGAAAUAGCUACAAUUGUAUGUGAUACUUUAUCUGCGCUUGAUUAUCUUCAUUCAAUGCAUCGAAUACAUCGUGAUAUAAAAGCAGGAAAUAUUUUAUUAACUGAACAUGCUAUUGUCAAAUUAGCUGAUUUUGGUUCCGCUUCAUUUACCAGUCCAGCAAAUAGUUUUGUCGGUACUCCCUAUUGGAUAGCGCCAGAAGUUAUUUUAGCUAUGGAAAAUGGUCAAUAUGAUGGAAAAGUUGAUAUAUGGUCACUUGGAAUAACUUGUAUUGAACUAGAAAAAGAAAACUUUUUAGCUGAACGUAAACCACCUUUAUUCAAUAUGAAUCCAAUGUCAGCACUUUAUCAUAUAGCACAAAAUGAAGCACCAACAUUAAUGAUGAAUAAUGAAAAUCAAUCAUAUACAAAUGAUUUUAUUUCAUUUAUAGCAAUGUGUUUAAAAAAGAAUCCAAUUGAACGACCAUCAGCUAAAGAACUUCUAAAUACAAUAUUUAUUACAAUUAGAAGUAAACGUGAAAUUCUAAUAGAAUUAAUUCGACGUACAAAAGACGCUGUUAAAGAAUUUGAUAAUAUACGUUAUCGUCGAAUGAAAAAAGUUUUAUUGGAACAUGAAGAACAAAAUAGUUCAAAUUUAAAUUUUCAUCAAUCAACUGACGCUAUUAAUAUGGAUAUAGACAGCACAGCUAAUACUCAAAAUGAACUAUUUGAUGAUCACACAUUAGAUGAUGAUGAUACCCAAAGUGUCGAUUUUGUAUCUAGAAGUAAUGAACUUCAUCCAGGUGAUGAUGAAAGUUUGCAUUCAAGUCGUUCAAGUCUUCAACAAUUACCAUCAACUAUACAUAAAGGUUUCUUAUCUCGACAGUUGCCAUCAAUAGCAGCAACAACUCAACCAAUACAUAAUCCAAUUUAUACUGGCAUGCCAUUAAGUAUGAAUAAUCCUAAUCGACGAUUUACACCUAUAGAUACAGGUUCAACUUCACAUAUUAAUCAGUUAUCAUCAUCAUCAUCAUCACAAAUGAAUAGUAAUGAAUCAACUACUGUUCAGAUGAGAAGAAAUUCAAUGGCUAUUGAUCGUCCAUUAUCGCAUCAACGUCAACGUAAUCAUUUACCUAGAAACGAAUUUUCUACUAUAAAAACUUCACGAAUUGUUAUACGUGAACAACGUGAACAUGAUCAAGAUGAUCAACAACUUGAACAAUUUCGUGGUUAUAAACGAAUGAGACGUCAACAUCAAAAACAAUUAAAACAGUUGGAAGAACGUUGUCGUAAUGAAAAAAUGGAAUUACGUUCGAAACUUGAACGUGAAUACAAUACAUUUCAAGAACAAAUUACUGUUGAAAAUAAUCGUUUAUUAGAAAAACAUCGUAAAGAAUUAGCUGAUCGAGUUAAAUAUAAUCAAAAUCAUAUAAGAAAAUUUGAACGUGAACAAGAAGAUACUUUUGAUGAUGAACUUAGACGUUUUCAACAAGAACAAAUCAAACAAUAUAAAAUAAAAAAAGAUACAUUUAAAAAAGAGAUUUCCAGUUCAUCAGCUCGACCAAAACAUGAAAAAGAAGAUGAAAUUCGUCGAUUAAAAGAUGAUUUACAAUUAAAAUUACGUAAUGAUGAACAAACAUUAAAAUCACAAUUAAAUCAUGAUCAGACUAUUCGAAGAUUACAAUUAAAACGUCGAAAAUUAUUAUUAUUACAUAUUCUUGAACAAAAAUUAAUUCAAGAAAAAUGUACAAGAAGUAUGGAUACAAUUGUACAACGACAUUCAUUACUUAAAAAACAUCAUGAAUUAACAAAAGAAAUUGAACUUAAACAAUUAGCUAGUUUACAUAAAAUGCGAAAUGAAUUUACUCAUAAACAACAUCUAACAGAAAUUCUUAAUUUCAAUGAAUAUAGUAAUCGUCGUCAAAAAGAAUUACUUAAACGACAUGCAUUAAGUCAAAAACAAUUUCCAAAAAAUAUUAAAAUAAAACAAGCUGAAAUCAAACGUCAACAUAAAGAAGCAUAUAAUAUACAAACUCGUCAAUAUAAAGCAUUAAAAGAAAAUAUUCGUCUUGAAUAUGUUCAUGCAACUACAAGUCAAUCACGUGAUGAACUUGAAUUGAAAUUAAAAACUAUGAAAGAUGAUCAACGACGAAAAUUUGAUGUACUUUAUCAGCGAUAUGAAGAAGCUGUACAAAAAAUGCUUGAUCAACAAAAUAUAAAACUUAAUUCUGAUCAAGAACGAGAACGUAAUUCAUUGAAAGCAAUACUUGAUGAAGAUCAACGAAGUUUACUUAGUUUACAAGAAGAAAGUCGUCUUAGAAUGGAACAACAACAUUCAGAUGAAAGAAAACAAUUAGAACGAAAUAUUGAAGAACGAUCGAAAAAACUUUCUGAACAGAUGGAACUUGAAUUAACUGAAUAUAAUGAAGAUCGUAAUCGACAGUUUACCUUACUUUUGGAAAAACAACGUUUUGAAUUAUCUCAAACAGAUAAUGAAAUAACAAAUUUAGGUAUUAAUGUUACUGAUUUAGCUGAAACUAUUCAAAAUAUUCAUUUUUUUGCUGCUAAUCCAUCUGGUCAUUUAUCUUCACAAGAUAGACAAUUAUUAUCAGCUAAUAAUCGUGCAUCAAUGAUUAGUUUACAACGUUCAUAUAGUUCAAAUUCUUUUGCAUCAAAUACAACGAAUGGUAGUGGAACAGCUACACAUAAGUAA